AUGGGUAGCGGCACCUCGUUGCCUGACUGGAACACGACUGCAGCCCGCGCAGCUUUCAACAUCUUCACCAAGAUGACCGCCGACCCACGCUUUUCCCAGUCUGUCUUCCUGCUCGAGAAUUACGGUAUCCAAGGAGUCCAAGCUGUCGACCCUGGAUCAACAUCUUUGAGUCUAGAGGAGCGACAGUACCCUGUGGUAGCGAAUCCGACGAUCUGGUGGAACGGAUCGGCUGCUCUAGGUCAAGCGGAUGCGGAGGCGUAUGGAGAGCAGAUCAGGCAGGCGCUCUUCUCAGGGCUGCCGGAAGGAGCGAAUAAACACACGUACGUGAACUACGCAGUGGGUACGGAGAACUUCAACCAACUGUAUGGAUAUGACACGGCCAGGGUGCAGAGAUUGAAGGCACUGAAGAAGAUGUACGAUCCGGAAAACAGAUUCGGAUAUUACAAUCCUGUUCCUAUGGUGUAA